GGACGGCGCGGCUCUGUCGGUCCGCCGGGAGCUGGUCCCGAGACGCCGCCGCGGAAGGGCGGGUUGAAGGCAACGACCGGGGCGAGCGGCAGCAGUAUGGCCGAGCCGUACGACGUGGUGGUGGUCGGGGGCGGUAUCUCAGGCUUGUCGGCUGCCAAGCUGCUCUAUGAGUUUGGGCUCAAUGUGGUGGUGCUCGAGGCCCGGGAUAGAGUUGGAGGAAGGACGUUCACCAUCAGGAACAAGCAAGUUAAUUACGUAGAUGUUGGUGGAGCAUAUGUGGGACCUACACAAAAUCGUGUUCUCCGGCUGGCAAAAGAACUGGGUAUUGAGACCUAUAAAGUGAAUGUAGAUGGCUAUUUCAUCCAUUAUAAGUGGGGAAAGUCACGUCAGUUCAUGAGUUUUAACCCUCCAACAUGGAAUCCCUUAGUGUAUCUGGAUUACAAUAACUUCUGGAGGACCAUGGACAAAAUGGGAAAAGAGAUUCCUCCUGAAGCACCAUGGGAUGCUCCACAUGCUGAAAAGUGGGACAAAAUGACCAUGAAAGAGCUGAUAAAUAAGAUUUGUUGGACCAAAGCUGUUAAAGACUUUGCCACCCUCUUUGUGAAUGUCAACGUCACAUCUGAGCCUCAUGAAGUCUCUGCUCUCUGGUUCCUGUGGUAUGUGAGGCAGUGUGGUGGCACAGCCAGGAUCUUCUCUGUCACCAAUGGGGGCCAGGAGAGGAAGUUUGUUGGGGGUUCUGGUCAGAUAUCGGAGAAAAUAAUGGAGCGCCUCAAAGGCAGAGUUAAACUGGAGAGACCUGUGGUCUGUAUUGAUCAGACAGGUGAUAAUGUCAUUGUGGAGACUCUAAACCAUGAGACAUACAAGGGCAAGUAUGUAAUCUCUGCUAUCCCUCCUAUCCUGACGACAAAGAUUCACUUCAAACCAGAACUGCCACCAAAGAGAAACCAGUUAAUUCAGCGUUUGCCUAUGGGAUCUGUCAUAAAAUGCAUGAUGUACUACAAGGAAGCCUUCUGGCAGAGGAAGGGUUGCUGUGCUUCUCUCUUCAUUGAUGAUGAAGAAAGUCCAAUUGGAAUUACCCUGGAUGACACAAAACCUGAUGGAUCUUUUCCUGCCAUUAUGGGUUUCAUCCUUACCAGAAAGGCUGUUAAACUGGCCAGCCUCAGUAAGGAGGAGAGGAGGAAGAAAAUCUGUGAGUCAUAUGCCAAGGCAAUGCAGAUGGAAGAGGCUUUACAUCCAGUGCAUUAUGAAGAGAAGAAUUGGACUAUGGAGCAGUAUUCAGGGGGCUGUUACACAGCCUACUUCCCACCUGGCAUAAUGUAUUCAUAUGGAAGGAUCAUUCGUCAGCCUGUUGACAGAAUCUACUUUGCUGGCACAGAGACGGCUACCCAAUGGAGCGGGUACAUGGAGGGGGCUGUACAGGCAGGAGAGAGAGCAGCCAGAGAGAUAUUAUAUCAUAUGGGGAAGAUCCCCAAGAAUGAAAUUUGGAUGCCAGAGCCAGAGUCACAGGAUGUCCCAUCCCGACCAUUCAUCACCUCCUUCUGGGAGAGGAACCUGCCAUCUGCGCCAGGACUGCUCUGUCUACUUGGGUCUACUGUGUUCUUCACCUCUGUGGCUGCUGCAGUGCUGUUUGCCUCUAAAAAGGGACUGUUAAUUCGAAACUAGUGCAAAUUAAAUGUCCAGCCAAAUGUGCAUUCUUGCUCUUCUUCCCUUUUAUCAGAUGAGGGUUAUUUUUGGAGAGAAGUGACAUGGACAACUGGAAAGGGCAAGAGGUGUUCUCCUUGUGAUUUUCCUUUUAGAACUGUAAUUAAUGCAUUAAAUCUACUGCAGUGGUUACCAGCAAAACAAAACUAAAUCAACUGUGGGGGUAUGUUUGAAAAUUGCCUCUGCCUUGUCCAUUUGUUUUGAUUGGACAUCUUUAUAUCAAUGUUGCAUUCCUAAUACAGGGAAGGCAAAGGAAAAUCUUUCCCAAAAAGUGAAGAGCUCUUGGAAUAUGCAUUCAUUUCCACUUGCUGCUUUAUUUUUUGUCACAUGAGUUAGUAAGUAGCCUUACGUAUUCACCUCAGUGGUUCAGAAUAUAUUGGAGGUUUCUUCUGUAGCAUCCCUGCUGCGCAGUAGAGAUUAGCAUGCCAAUCAGGCACAGAAUUGUUAAAUUAAUUUCCAAAGGCAUUUGAUUAAUUAUUAAUCAUCACAAUGUGAAACUUUACUAUCAGCAGUAUGAAAGAAGAUAAUUAGCAUGAAGUGGAUCGUUAAAGAGCGAGAGUGGUAGCACACGUGGACUUCGUUCUGCCCACAGCUGAGCAAGUAGCAACACUGUGUGGCUACAAAAGCCAUGUAGGGCAGUGAGCCUCACGCUUUGCAACUCUUCCAUGGAGCAGCUCUCUGCUGCUUCCUGACCCAAGUGCAAUUGAUCCGUCUUGGCCACUGGCUAUUAAUGUGGAGUGAAUUAGCAAAGCUGAAGCCCCUCUGACUUGCAGCACAUGCUCGCAGUUAUGUUCAGAACGUCAGCAGUUUCCUGGCUCCCUGUCAAUCUGCUCUCCCACAUAUUGCUCAUAAUCUGCACUGCCUUCCUACAAUAAGGAGAAAUAUAUUUGGGGCUUGAAUUACUGCCUUGUAAAUUACAGUAAUUGGAUGCAUCUGCCUGUUCCGCUCUUAUUGUGUACAAGACACACUUAAAAUAAUCACUUUAGUGUUAACUGAAGUCUGGAAUAUAGGUUUCACAACGUACCAUCAUUACGCGAUCUUUUUGCUGUGAAAUGUGAGCAUUGUAUGUGUCCAUGAACUCCAUUGUCAUUCAACAUCAGUGAAACGUGCCUUUCAAUAAUCCUGAAACCUUGAUAAGAGGAUCUCUUCUAUAAAAUUUUCUUCAUAUUCUU